AUGCUUGACUUGAUCCGGGAGGCGCCUCUCGGGCAAGCAAUCCGCCUCAUCUCACGGAACAAGGUCCUCCAGUAUCCGGAAGAAAAGCCUGGAUUCGAGAUCCCAUCCCAAUACAUCCACAGCCUCAAGCAAAGCGAAAAACCAUGCGAGAAGACAGCACUGGACGAUAGCGACAGUACUCCCGCUGGCGAUACUCAUCAACAUCCAGUAGAAAAUGCCCCCUUCGUCCACCGAGGUGAUGACGAGGAAAGUCUUCACCAAAUAGAAACUGUCCGAAGCCAUCGCACCGCGCCAUACAGCGACGAGAGAAUGCAAGCCGAGCGCGAUGUUCAACUCCAGAAGACCAAAUCGCUUCCGAUCGAGCCUCAAAAGACAGCAGAUGGCAUCGUUCUUGUUGAUUGGUACACCCCUGAUGAUCCAGCCAACCCUCAAAACUGGUCGAGCGCGAAAAAGUAUUUCGUCACGUUCGUCCUCUGUAUCUAUACCUGGGUAGUCUAUUGUGCUGGCCCUAUAUAUGCCACCGCAGUCGAAGGUAUACAAGAUGAGUUCCAUAUCAGUGCUGUUGCCUCCACACUCGGGUUGUCUCUGUAUGUUCUGGCAUACGGUAUAGGUGAUCUCCUUUUUGCUCCUCUAUCCGAGAUCCCUGUUAUUGGUCGCAAUCCUGUCUAUUACCUCACGUUCCUCGUGUUUUGGAUCCUCUCAUUCCCCGAGGCUGUCGUGAACAGUUUCGGCGGCCUCUUGGCAUUGCGCUUUUUCCUCGGCUUCUUUGGUAGCCCUGCCCUCGCGAAUGGGGGUGCGACCAUAGGCGAUAUGUUCCCCUUGAUCUAUAUUCCAUAUGGACUCUCCUGGUGGGUGUUUUCAGCGUGGGCCGGCCCUGCCUUUGGACCUAUAAUUGGAGGUUUCGCUGCACAGUACAAGGGGUGGAGAUGGCCAAUGUGGGAGAUUGUUUGGAUGGCUUCACCGGCUCUAGUUUUGCUACUGCUGUUCAUGCCAGAGACGUCCUCAGCCACGAUUCUCUUAAGACGGGCACGACGAUUGCGGAAGCUGACUGGAAACGAAAGACUUCAAUCCCAAAGCGAGAUCGAUCAGCGACACAUGAAGGCUUCCGAUAUUGUCUUCUCGGCACUCGUCAGACCUAUGGAGAUCAUGCUCAAGGAUCCAUCCAUCUUCUUCGUCAACCUAUACACGGGGUAUUUUUAUGGGGUCUUUUACACCUUCUUCGAGGUCUUUCCUCUUGUGUUCCCGGUAUCCUACGGAUUUAGCCUCGGACAGACUGGCCUUACUUUCUUGUCCUGCUUUAUCGGCGUUAUUAUUGGCAUCACGGCUUAUUUUGCGUACCUCAAGUACUAUAUGAUACCUGACAAUAUCAAAAAUGGGUUCCGUGAGCAAGAGCAUCGUCUUGUGCCAGCCAUUGUUGGGUCUAUUCUGCUACCCAUCGGCCUGUUCAUCUUCGCGUGGACGUCCAGAUCCAGCAUCCAUUGGGUAGUGCCGUUGAUUGGCGUCGUCAUAUUCGUUAUUGGGCAUUUCUGGGUCAUGCAGUCUCUGUUCAUCUACAUUCCAUUCUCUUACCCCAAAUACACCGCCUCUCUUUUCGCAGGAAACAGUAUUUGGAGAUCAGGGGUUGCUGGCGGCGCCGUUGUCUUCGCCAGGCCCCUCUUUAUCAAUCUCGGCGUGGAUAGGGGCGUGACUGUCCUUGCAGGUCUGAGCGUCGCUGGUAUUUUCGGGACAGUCGCCAUUUACGCCUUUGGGAAGAAACUACGCGCCAGGUCUAAGUUUGCCGAGAGCUGA